AACGUCUGCUCCUUCUCAGCCAGCACGAUCCCCAAUACACUGCCAGAGAAGACAGGCCAUGAUACAACGGCUAGUGCAAUUUCAUGGAAAAUGUAUUCUUUGGCUCAACAUCCUGAUAUACAGGCUACUUGUCAUGAAGAGAUUGAUGAGCUGCUCAGAUUUCGAGAAACAGAUGAUAUUCUCUGGGAAGAUUUGUCUCAUCUCCCAUACCUCUCCAUGUGCAUCAAAGAGGCUCUCCGCCUUCACUCCCCUGUCCCCUUCAUUCAGCGACAGCUUACUCAAGACACAGAUCUUGAUGGCUUUCUUGCUCCAAAGGGAAUGCUUGUCAACAUCUUCCUUUACAACAUCCAUCACAACCCCACAGUCUGGGAGGACAGUUUGGAAUUUUCGCCCAGAGAGAUUCACUGAAGAGAAUAUCAAUGCCCACAGUCCUUAUGCUUUUAUUCCUUUUUCAGCUGGGCCAAGACUAACAAGCUGAUUGCCUAACUUCAUCUAUGUGCUGUGUUAUCCAGUGAUGUACUCUCGACCUGUACAGAGAAACUUGGCCAGUCUCUGAUAAUGACUGCUAUAAGUAAAGAUUCUUAUUUCUUAGUAUUAUUUCUUAGUAUUAUUCCACUUUCAUAGCUGGUGCUUCAAUGCGAAUAUUGUGUAAUAUUACUAAGUUAAUAUAUAUUGCCGGUCAUAAAAAAAUUAAGACCAAUUUAGUUCCUUCAACUAUUUGUUCUUAUUAGGAUUACUCGUGAUUUCUAGCUGUAAAGGUUCUGGACCCUGUUUGUUGAUAACUUAAGUGAGUUGAGUUGUUGGUGAUAACUUUUGAGAACUACCUUAAUUAAUUCAUCCUGCAGAUUUUAUGUAUAUAUAUAUAUCCUUUUUAACUCCUCUUUUCUCUGUUUUACUUUUUUGGAAGAAGUGAAGAACUGAAAAUAUAUAAUAAUGACUCACCCUU